AUGAUUACAAACUUCAUUGUUCGUAUUAAUGAUCCAUCACUUAUAGGUAAAAUAACAUAUAUGCAACUAAAACAACUUCAAUCUACAUUAUGGAUCCCUUUCUGUCCAUUAUUGAUGACACAAGCACUUCCUACAAAAUUAAACAACAAAAAUAUUACAGCUGCCUGUGUCACAUUAAUGGUUUCUUCUCAUAUAUCAUGCCAACCUUCAUCUUCUUUCAUCUUCUCUUUUAACAUCAAAGGUGGCAAUGUCCCAUUGAUAAACAUUAUACAAAAUCAAUAUUUCAAGAUAAUACCAUUACUCAAAAAACACUCAAUAUUUUUCUUAGAACAAUUACUUUCAUGUGAUUGUUCAACCUUUCUCCCAAUAAACAUGUUAUUUCAUAGACUACCUCUUAGUAAAUUUCGUAGGCCUCCUAAAUGGUACAAUAUACUUAAAUCUCAAUUCUGUCAACCACAAACAAACUUUUUAAACAAUAUAUCAAAUUUACCUCACACCAAUCCAUUCAUUUUCCCUUCCUUAUACACACCUCCAACUGACAUGAGACACAAACCUAUAAUAGCAUCCAUAAUAAACUCUGAUCUCAUAAUAGCCAAGCGUAUAUCAUCUACAUUGUACAGACAUUAUAUAUUGAAUAAUACAAAUACAGAUAUUAAUACAAUUUCACCAUGCACAGGAUGUCAAAG